GUUCCAACUGUAGCCGCCCACUGUCACUUGGGCGCUGUGCCGUCCACCUCUUUGCGACGAUGCAGAGUAUCAACCGCUUCUUGUAUGGACCUACACCCGAGGAGAAGGUCAAGGCAUGGCAAGCUAAACUACGCGCGGAGACUCGUCUGAUUGACCGGGAGAUGAGGCAGCUCGAUAUCGCUACGAACAAAGCUCGGCAAACAGUGAAACAAUUAGCUACUAAGGGAGAUGUGAAGUCUGCACGAAUACUGGCGAGAGAAGUUGUGAGGAGUAACCGCCAAAAGGAUCGGCUGUCCGUGAGCAAGGCGAGGCUGGGGUCAAUAGGCCAUCAGUUGCAGGAACAAUUAGCAAUGGCGAAGGUUACUGGCUCGUUGCAGAAAUCCACGGAGAUCAUGAAGUUGUCGAAUUCCUUGAUCAAGCUUCCGCAGAUCAGCCAAACUAUGAGACAGAUGAGCAUGGAGAUGACGAAGGCGGGCAUCAUGGAGGAGAUGCUGGAUGAUACGUUAGAAAUGGAUGAUGACGAGGAGUUGGAAACGGAGGCCGACGCGGAAGUGGACAAGGUUCUGUUUGAGCUCACAGAUGGCAAGCUCGGCCAGGCAGGUACUGUUGGAACAGAAGUACCGACGUUACAGGACAAGUACACGGACGAGGAGACGGAGAGAGCUAUGGAGCAGUACCGGGAACAGCUCAGUGGUCUUCUGAGCGGUUGAUAUGCUGUUUUUUUCAGGACGGACUUGUACUGUAGACCUGUGUAUUAUAUCGCUGCUAUUCCAGUCA